UUUGUUUUAACAAAUAAUUGAUGGCUUGAUUGAGGUCUGUCUUUAAACACGAUUUCAAACACGACUUCAUUGACACACAUAUUAUAUGAGAACUGAAGAGCUGUUGUUAUGAGUCUUCUUCUGUGCUUUACUUUUGCUGUAAUCAUAUGAUUAGUAAUUUUUUUUGUGAAGACAUUAUUAGUUUUUUAUUGUUGUUGCCAUCGACUACUCGACUGAUGACCUGUUGGUGAUAGUAGUAGUAGUAGUAGUAGUAGUAGUCGUCGUAGUGAUUGGUUUGGUUUAUCCAUUGAGAGAGAUUGACCACCGAGUGAUGGACGUAUCGAUUACCGUAACGACGAAUCAAAUGAGUGCCACGAAUAGCAAUAGUAGCGGCGGCGGUGGCGGCAAUACGGCCACCAAUUCAACCAAAAAACAUGGUUUCGGUUUCCGUCGAUUUUCGCUGAGACGACUGUUCAAUCAGUCGUCGAUCGCCCGAACAGUUAGCACAAGACAUUCAAAGAGUCCAAAAGAGAAACAUUUGGACACUGGUUUGGCCACCGAAACAAAGAGUGUCGGCCAAAGACCCACUUGUUCUACAUAUUCAGCCAACGCUAUGGAUGGAGAGUCUUACUCACUGUCCAGCGGUCGCAGCGAUUGUCUUAACCAUACGAUGGCCGCCUCUGGCGCCGCUUAUGACAACUCAAGCUGUAGUUCGGGCGCUAUGGAGUGUCCACUUUGUCUAUUGGAGCAGCCAUACAGCCAUUUUCCCGAAUUAUGUACCUGUUCCCAUAGAGCUUGUCAUCCCUGUCUUCAGCAGUACCUGAAGAUCGAGAUACUUGAGAGUCGCAUAAAUAUCAAUUGUCCCGAAUGUACGGAACCAUUGCAUCCGAAUGACAUACAAAAGAUACUUAACUUUGACGCCAAUCUAAUGGAAAAAUACGAGACAUUUAUGUUGAGGAGAAUACUAGUAACCGAACCGGAUGCCCGAUGGUGUCCAGCACCCGACUGUAGCUACUGUGUCAUCGCUAGCGGUUGUGCCAGUUGUCCGAAAUUGAAAUGCGAACGACCCGGCUGUGAGACAUCGUUUUGCUAUCAUUGCAAACAGGAAUGGCAUCCGAACCAGACCUGCGACGCUGCCCGCCAACAACGUGGCCAACGUUUCUCCCGACACGGAAAGUCAUCGUCCGUUUCGUUUAGUCACGAUUCGAUUGUCCAACGAGACGACAUCAAACCGUGUCCCUGUUGUAAGGUACUGAUCAUUAAGAUGGACGACGGUUCCUGCAAUCACAUGACCUGUUCGGUCUGCGGCACAGAAUUCUGUUGGCUCUGUAUGAAAGAGAUCUCCGAUCUGCACUACUUGUCCCCAUCGGGUUGUACUUUCUGGGGUAAAAAACCCUGGAGUCGCAAGAAAAAGAUUAUGUGGCAAUUGGGUAUGCUGGUCGGUGCACCCGUUGGUAUCGCCCUAAUUGCCGGUAUUGCCGUUCCGGCCAUUAUUAUCGGUAUACCCGUAUGGGUCGGACGAAAACUGCACGCCCGUUUCGAACGACACCAAAUGCGACGCCACAAACGCAACAUACUGGUCACGACCGGGGUUUUGACAUCGAUUUUUGUGUCGCCCAUACUGGCCGCAGUAGCCGUCGGUAUCGGUGUUCCCAUACUGUUGGCCUAUGUCUACGGUGUGGUUCCCAUAUCGUUGUGCCGUUCCGGCGGCUGCGGUGUUAUUACGUCAGCUUCGGGCGUCCGAAUCGAAUUGGACGAAGAAAAUGAAAUCGCCAUCGGAUCCAAUGUGGCCGCCGAUGGUGUCAGCGUUGAUACGGCACUCAGCAAUCGCGGCGUCAAUCCGAGUAUCGGCGAAGUUUCAUUAGGACUAUCGACUAGCCUAUCGAUGGGCAGUGCCACUCAUAUUGAUCGUAUCGGCGGCGCGUGUGAUCGGGAAAAUGGUUCGACAGCUGCCUGUGCCGGCAGUAUAGCCAGCGGUACACUGUCUACGGCUGCACACAAUAAAGUUGAAAUACAGGCCGACGUUUCAUCAAACAAACGAUUCAGUCUAAGCAGUCACUGCGAAACAGUUUCGGCUACACUAAGCUUCGGCGAUCGGUCGACAAACAUAUCCUAUAUGGACGACAGUGCCAGCGUCAAAGCGCUGGCCGGUUCUAUAGUUGGCUACUGUUCCAAUUCGGUUACACCAGUCGAAGUACAUACCGAUCCGACUGUUAGACCUAUCACUGCUACCGAUACCAAAAGCUUGUGUUACACUGGCGGUUGUGAACAACAGCUAUCGCCCGAUAGUCGGGUCAGUAUUGAAAACAAUUACUCAAUCAGUUCGCCAUACGGUGACUAUUCAGUCAAUUAUAUCGAUGACACGCCCAGUCCUCCAUCAGAUCAACUCAAUAGUGAUCAGGUAUUCACCAGUCACUCAUCAAACGGCUAUUAUUAUUAUUCGCAGACAAAACAUCUGAUCGGAAAGUUUGAGUCGCGAUCAUUGGAACAAUUGACCAAUUAUUGUGAAUUGUGUCACAAAAGCCAUAAGCCUUGUUGUCCUAAUUAUAAUAUAUCAUCGCAAAAGUUGUCGCAUAAGUCGGCCAACAAAUCUAGUACUCAAUCGAUGACUCGGCGACAACAGUGUCGUUCUGUUGGCGGCGGCGGCGGUAACGAUGAGAACAGUCGACCGGUGACGACAACAACAACAAAGUCUAAGUCACAGUCGUCAUCGUCGUCGUCGUCAUCAUCGAGUAAAAGACGUACUUCGAGCACAAAAUCUAGAAAGUCGUCAACUGCAUCGUCAGUAUCAUCAGCAUCGGGUGUUAUAGUCACCGCCGCUGCCAACGACUACGCAGUGGCCAAUAAAAUGCACAGAUCUGACUGCAAUAUAACCGAAAGUCCAGAGCAAUAUAACAAAAGAAAUAACAGUAGUAGCGAACAAAACACCAACAAAUUGUCGCUCAUUUUCAAUAAUAAUAAUAGUAUUCCGACCUCAACGGCCACUGUCAACGAGUUGCCGACCACUUCUUCGUCUUCAUCGACAGCAGCAGCACAUGACCACCAAUACAACAACAGUACCACAAGAGCUUAUACUAAAAACUCAUUUUCUAAUAUUUUUAUGCAAACUAAAGCCACGACUAGUAGUAGUAGUAGUAAUAGUAGUAAUCCUCAACAGAUGCCUAUUAUCAAGACGUCAGAUAUUAAGACCAAUUUCUGUGAAAACAAUAAUCACAAGUCGAGUGAAGUUUAA